AACCGAACCGAAACUCUCACCCCCACCGAAUGUUGUUGGAGCCAUGGCAGCAACAACCUUGAGAGUGUCCUAGCCAUAGUACUUGUAGCCAGUGUUCAGUGUUCGCCCAGCUUCACGGUCAACAAGGUGGAUCCUGUGAGCUAGUGAGAAGGUAGUCGGACACUAUUGCGUCAAAAUAAUAUCGUCGUCUAGCAGCAUCGUCAGCUGCCUCAUCGUUCUGGAUUUUCCGCAAUCGCGACCUUGAAAUACCCUUUCCCGUCGAUAGUGGAGUACCAAGAUGCUAUUCGCACGAUUAGACGACACGCCAAUGCUGCGUAAGCAGCUGGCGUCGCUGGAGGAGAGCCUGGAGCUGCUGAGGGACCGCUGCUGCCAGCUCGCUCGCAGCUGCAACGACUUCGCCGCGUCCCUGAGCGAUUCAUUUGAGGCGGAGUCUGCCUUCGUGCAUGCCAUGGAGGGGUUCUUCGGGGCGCCAGAGGAUGCCGUCAGCAUCGCCACAGGAGGCCCUGUGCUGGGGCAGUUCGUGAUGACCCUCCGCGACCUCACCAUAUUUAAGGAGACGCUCAAAUCCCAGAUGGAGCACGUGCUGCACGAUAGAAUCACCAACUUCGUGGAGAACGAUCUCAACAACCUCAAGGAGGUUCGGCGGCGGUAUGACAAGGCUGGCCGGCACUACGACCAGAUGCGGGAGCGCUACUUGUCCCUCAAGAAGGGCACCAAAGCCGAGGUCGCGGCAGAGGCAGAUGAGGAUAUGCAAACGGCUCGCAUGCAGUUUGAGCAGGCGCGAUUCAACCUUAUGACAGCGCUGAGCAGCGCGGAGGCCAAGAAGAAGCACGUGUUCCUCGAGUCCAUAGGCUCUGCCGUGCACGCACACUUGCGCUACUUCAAGCAGGGCUACGAGCUCUUGCAAGCAGUGGAGCCGUACAUUCAUCAGGUGCUUACAUUCUCCCAUCAAGCGCAGGAGCAAGCCAAUCAGGAGCAGACAGAGCUAGCAGAGCGGAUAUACCAGUUUCGGCGCAACCAGGAGGAGGAAAGCGCUCAGCUGGAAGCAGCCCACACGCACGCACAGGCCCAGGCGCUGGCCCACGCAAGGGGGGGCAUGGCGCGGAUGUCAGUGGGAGCCAUGGGGGGGGCAGAAGGCGCAGGGGGAGGCGGGGAGGGGUUUGGGCAGGGCAGGGGGCCGUACCGGCCGUCAGGGGGGGCUGCCUCCAGCAGCGUGGAGCAGAUGAUGCGGGCAGGGGCGGGCGGGCAGAAGCGGGUGCAGGUGAUAAAGCAGGGGUACCUAGUGAGGCGGACUGCAGCUGCCAGGUCACGCCACUUCUUUGUCCUCGAUUCAAGAGGCUCACUUUACUACCACAAAGAUGCUCAGAACGCUCGCUCCGACACGCUCUCAUCACUCUUCUCUCUUGUCCGCUCGCGUGCCGACCCUACCGCCGCCGCCCCCCCGCCCCCCAACCCAAUGGCCCAGCACUACCGCCCGCUGGGCCUGGGGGGAAGGGGAGGAGGGCAUGGGGGGGAGGAGGGGGGGAAUGAGCAGAGUGCAGGGGGGAUGGGGAUGGGGAUGGGGGAGGAGGAGGAGAGGAGUCACUCGCUGCAGUACGAGUCGCUGAACCUGCUGACCGCCACCAUCAAGAUGGAUGCUGACGAGCCCGACCUCCGGUUCUGCUUCCGCCUCGUCACACCUGAUUGCACCCACACCCUGCAGGCGGAGAGUGCGGCGGAGCAGCGGGAUUGGAUGGAGAAGAUCACUGCGGUCAUCGCAUCACUUCUCAACUCGCACACCACCGCUCAGCCAGCACCAGCAGCAUCAGACCUAUCCGCCAUUGAAUCAUCAGAAGGGGGGCUGGCCUCACUGGCCACAGCAGCGCUGCCCAUCGUGGAGCGGCCGCUGGAGGUGCUGGGGUAUGUGAGCGGCAACGACCGCUGCGCUGACUGCAGCAGGGGCCACCCCGACUGGGCAUCGCUGAACCUGUGUGUGCUGCUGUGCAUCGACUGCUCUGGUGUGCACCGCAACCUGGGCGUGCACCGAUCCAAGGUCCGCUCCUUGACUCUGGACGUGAAGGUGUGGACCGCCCCCUUGGUGCGGCUGAUGGCCAUCAUUGGCAACGACUUUGCCAACAGCGUGUGGGAGCAGGGACUCAAGGACGCGGAGGGGAGCGCACUGGCAGGAAGAGAGGGGCACACAGGCGCUGCUGCUGCAGUCACGCCAUGCAGCCGGGCGGACAGCGAGGAGGGGGAGGACUACAUCCUACUGGCCAAGGACGGGGGGAGCUCGUCAGUGCUCGAAUCUCCCACGGCAGCUUCUGCUGUUGUGCGCAAGCCAGCAGACACGGACUCGCUGGCGGUCAAAGAGCAGUAUAUCAGCUGCAAGUAUGUGAACCGUCGCUUCCUCCCGCCCACAACUGAGACCCCCUCCUCGGCCCUGCAGCAGCUGCGAGCAGCAGUCGCCUCCUGCGACGUCCGCGCCGCCUUCCGCCUCCUCGUCACCACCCCCGUCGACGUCAACGCUGACGUGGAUGCGGCCUUUGCCAGCACGGCGCCAGCUGGACCGGGAGCCACAAGGGGUGGAGCAGCAGGGGGGGGAGGCAGUGGUGGAGGGGUGGGGCUAACAGGGUCAGGGCAGAAGCUGCUGCACGUGGCGUGUGAGAGGGGGGACGAGGCGAUGGUGGAGCUGCUGCUGCUGUGGGGGGCGGCGGUGAAUGCAGCUGAUGCUGCUGGCCGGACGCCCAUGCAGGUGGCGCUGCAGCAUGGCAACCAUGGGUGCUCGAAGCUGCUCGCUAGCAGGGUGUAAUCCAAUCCAAGCCGUUGUAGAAAGGGAGCUGAUGAUUCCCUCCCUGACUUGCUGUACGGUAUCCUUUCUAGCGUUUCUUGUGCGAAUGUUCCCAAUGUCAAAGCUGGCAUGAUGACUAGUGCCUACUACCAUCUGAUGCUACUGGAAAUAUGCAUUGUACUUGCGCAUGUUUGCGAUCUUCAACUUGAAGCCAUUUCAUCCCUCUCAAGGGUCAUCAUUAGAACAGGGG